AUGGGGGAUCUGGAUCAGCUUCCUGACGCUACAGGUAACUCUCGGGACAUUCAAGUUAUCAUGAGGUCCACGGACAGAGAGGCCCACCAGCCGGGAGCGGUCGCAAACGGUAGACCCGCCGACGAACAGGAGCACUCAUCGGCGCAGACGCAUCCUGCAGACGAAGGACACGGUAUGGAGGGUGAUCACGUGCUAGACUGGUCGAAAGGACAGGGAAGAACAACGCAUCAGAAUGAUAACCAUGAUAUCAGCCCGUGCCUUGGCGACAGGGAGGAUGUUCUGUUUACGCGAGAGGAAGGUGUGCCUGGGAAUGGCCUUCAAUCCCACCAGGGAGCAGAGAACACAACAGUUGAUUCCAAACUGGUCCCUUCUCUGUCGUCUUUCUCUUCUUUAGAAGAAGCAUUCUUGACCAGCUUGGAUGUCAUAGGAUCCCUCAGAGAGGUAAUUACAUUGCUGUUGAGGGCGCAAGGGGUAUCAACUCAGGACGAAGGGCGGCAGCAUCUUCUGACCGAAUACGACCAGAAGAUGGCGCGGGAACGUGCAAUGCAAGUGGUGGCCAGAACAUCGGCAUUCAGUUGCCGUCCACAAGCAUAUGAAUCGCUUCUGGCAACUAGAAAGAGAACAGACGAGGGCAAGCGGCCGUUUGACGGAGAGGAGUCUGGGGCUUCAAAUUACAUAAGCAGUCUAGCAGCUGACGAACAAUUGUCCCGUGAGGAAAAUUUCGGAGCCAUCAAAGCCGAACGAAGGGAAGACCGGUAUCCGAGAGAGUCAGUGCCCAAGAGAGGCAGCUCUGCCAGACAGCCCUCCAGUGAAAAAGAACAUGGGGGAGGAACACUGGAGUGCUGCAGCCACACUUUGAACCGUGACUACGAGUUGUCUAUUUGCAAAGCUCUUCUCAUGCUGCAACAUCUCGGUGGGCCGGAAGAAAGCAGGUAUAUGGAAACGGAUUCACCGCUUGGCGGAUUUCCACUUUUGCCACAAGAAGGUAGUUCUAUUCAUCUAGGCGAUGCCGACACUGGCGGGCCCUUGAGCCAGAAACACCAGGGAAGACAGCAGCGCCCGGCAUUCGAACAGUUGGCAUCACAACUGCAGUCUCAAUAUUUCAAGAAACAUGUAGAGGGAGGAGAUGAGGGACAGAUUGAUGCGGAAGCAAGUUGCUCAGGUGCCGACCAGGUGCACGCCAUGAGAAUCCAGAGGAAGGGAGGAGAUGGGACAACGGCAUCAGAAAUAGCUCCGUCAUCUGCCACACUCGUUUCAGAGAAGAAAACAUUUGCUGCGUGUCAACGAGGGACAAAAAGGCAUGUUGAAGUGGCGGACGUGAUGGAAAUGUUGUUGAAGGUCAGAUUACUUCGACAAGCUCAGUUGCUACUGAGAGCGGACUUGUUGAUGAUGCGGAAACAGCAAGGAUUGCAGCAAGAGAGACUAGACAGAGCCCUCCAGGCGGCUGUCAAAAGGCAUGGUAAGCGGCUGUGUUAUGACCAAUCCGGGUUUUUUGGUGACGAAACGACGAGGAGACUAUCGUACGUAAGGAGACGAGCACCCACCAUAUUUUCCUACGUUGACAGCUCCGCCAACCAUUACCUUUGUGACUCCCACUGCGGUCAUCCAAUUUUGAAGUGA